AUGACGAACGCAACAGACCCACUCGCCUUAGCCGGCGUCCUGGACGCCCAGUUCUCGAAGCACUGGCCCACGGCCACGGCCGGCGUCAUCUUUGUCGUUUUCGCCUUGCUGGCACAGAGCUGGCUCGCCGUUGACCCGCUGGCCGACGUCCCCGUCGUGGGCAAGGGAGGAAGAUGGGCCCGGAGAAAGCAAUACUUGCAAGGCCAAGGAAACCAACUUUACAUCGACGGCUACAAGCAGUUCAAGGACAGCAUCUUCCGCCUCACGACGUCAAAGAGUGAGACUCUCUUGAACCCCCGUGACUCUUCUCAAACUCCCCCAGCUGACCCGUUCCCCCCAGAGAAGGAUACCAUUUGCGUUCCUCCUAAAUACCUCCCCGAACUGAAGAAAGCACCCGACGAUGUCAUUAGCUUCGCCAAAGCCAUCGAUGAGUGGCGACACGCCCAUCUUGGUCCAUGCCGUCAGGGCCUCGUUGACCCCAGCUUUGCGUUAGCCUCACCGCGCGGUUCCCCUCUCCCCCUCCUCCAAAUGCACGGCGCUAACCAGCUCUCGACAGCCCGCCUGAACGCGAGCAUCUCGGACGAGGUCGUCGAGUCGAUGCGCCUCGAGCUGCCGCAAUCCACCGACUGGACCGAGGUCAACAUCAACGCCAAGCUGCUCCGCAUCAUCGCCAUGGUCUCGGGCCGCGUCUUCAUCGGCUCGGAGCUCUGCCGGGACGAGAGGUACAUCGACGCCUCCAUCAACUACACCGUCGACCUCAUGACCGCCGUGCACGUCAUCGCCCUCGUCCCGUCGUUCCUGCGCCCCAUCGUCGCCACCUGGCUGCCGACGACCAAGAAGCUCUACCGCCGCAUCGCCGAGGCCGAGAGCGUCUUCCGCCCCAUCGUGACGGCCCGGAGGGAGGCCGCCGCCGCUAACAGGGACGACUACCGGGAGCCGGACGACAUGCUCCAGUGGAUCCUCAACGCCCAGACAAAGUUCGGCCAGCUCAGCGACCGUGACCUCGCCUCGGCCCAGCUCGGCAUCAGCUUCGCCGCCAUCCACACGACCACCAUGACCACGACCAACGCCAUUUACUGGCUCGUGGCGAAGCCGGAGCUGAUCCCCAUGUUGCGCGAUGACGUGCAGCAGGCGUUGCUCGAGUCAGGGGGGGAAUUCACGAGCGGGGCUCUGCAGAACAUGAAGAAGCUCGACAGUUUCCUGAAGGAGGUUAUGAGAGCCUCCCCGCUUUCUGCCGGCUCCUUCACGCGCAAGGUUCUCAAGUCCCUGACGCUCCCCAACGGCCAGACCAUCCCCGCGGGCAUGAACAUCGAGACGCCCGCCGCCGGCGUCAACAACGACCCCGAAAUCUUCCCGGACCCGGAGGUCUUCGACGCCCUGCGCUUCUACCGGCUCCGCGAGGCCAAGGAGCACGCCGCGUCCGGCGCCAAGGCCGCCGAGGUCGUCAUGCAGGCCCAGUUCGUCAGUGUCGGCACCACGCACCUGACGUUCGGCUACGGCAAGCACGCCUGCCCCGGCCGCUUCUUCGCCGUCAACGAGAUCAAGAUGAUCAUGGCCAACAUCCUGUGCCACUACGACGUGAAGCUGCCGGACGGCGAGACGGGUCGCUACGAGAACCUGGUCUUCGGCGCGAGUUCCGUUCCCGACCCCAAGAAGACAAUUCUGAUUAGGAAACUGUGA